AUGGAAGAUGGGUGGGCUGACCUCAUUAUUAUUGCAGAGUGCCUCGACUAUGGGAAGGCCUUGGUCGAGUUUGCCCGUAUCUUAAACAAGGAUGGGACAGUUGUGAUGAUAUGGAACCUUGAAGAUAGGGAGGCUGCGCCCUGGGUUGCACGGCUAUAUGACCGCAGGAAUGUCCAUGAGAAAGACACCACCCCACUUGAAAUCGAUCUCUUGAGGCAGCCUAUCAUUCGUACUUCCAAUUUACUUCCUGCUCUUACACCAGGCUCUCGGCGCACGAUGGUGCAAGGCAUGACAUCAAGCGAGCUUGCGAAGCUCAUCAAAAGCGAUAAAGUUCCAGACAAAGAUUACCUUAUCGUGGACGUCAGAGACGAAGAUUGGAAGGGGGGAAAUAUCAAAGGCUCUCGAAACUACCCAUCCCAAAACUUCCUGCUUGGAAGUUGA